AAAAAAAAAAAAAAAAAAAACUGUUUCCGAGACCCGGAAGCAGUAUGAAUGAGCACCACGUGGGAACAAGCCUAGAUUCCUCGCCAUUUUUAUUUUUUUUGAGGCUUUGUGCGCGUGUGAUCUAAAAAGAAAAUGCCGAAGGAAGAAUUAAAAAAGAAACCUAAAAAGGUUAAGAAGAACAAAAAAGUUGCUGAGGCCACGUGUGAAAGUAAAGUCGCUGAAGCUGCAGCGGAAAGUUAUGUGGCGGGAGAAGUGUCGGGCAGCUUGUUCCCCAAGAAAUCGGAACUGAGCAGCACCUCACUGUCAUCGCUCUUUGACAUCAAGGCUCCCUCCACUCAGCCCCUUUAUGUUCCUGUCGUCAUUACAAAAGCAAAAAGAAAACUUCCUGAGUCGGAUGGAGCAAAGCAAAGUAAGCAAAGCCCCGAUGUCCUUCGAGCGGCUGAGGCAAAGCGCAAGGUCGCGAAGAAAGAGUUGCCCUUAUCUGAAAAGCGGGUUGAGGACAGGGAGCAAGCAUUGACAAAUGCAGAUGAAGACGAAAGCGUGAAAGCCGCCAAACUGAAAAGCCUGAAAACCAAAAAGAACCCUGAUGAUGAAGAACUAAUGCAGCAUGACAAAAAGAGACUGAUAAAGGCAGAGGAGAGGGUGAAGAACAAGAGAACCAUCUUUGUUGGUAAUUUGCCGACAGCUUGUACUAAACAGAUGCUGAGGACCUGCUUCAAAGACUUUGGUCUAAUCGAGUCUAUGAGGUUUCGUUCUGUGGCUCGAGCAGACCCCUCCAUGUCGAGAAAAGUCGCCACUAUCCAGCGGACGGUGCACUCAAAGAGAAAAAGCAUGAAUGCCUAUGUGGUCUUCAAGGAGCAAGACAGUGCUGCCAAGGCUCUUGUCAGAAAUGGCGUUGAGAUCAGCAGUGGAUUUCACAUCAGAGUUGACCUUGCUUCAAAAAGCUCAUCUCACAACAACAAGAAAACGGUGUUUGUGGGAAACCUUCCGUAUGACAUUGAAGACGAGGUCCUUAGAGAACACUUUUCUCAGUGUGGCGGCAUAGAAGGUGUCCGAAUCAUCAGGGACGCAAAGACAGGGAUUGGCAAAGGUUUUGGCUACGUUUUAUUUCAGGGAGCCGACUCGGUGCAGCUCGCGCUAAAGCUGGGGAAUUCCGAGCUCAUGGGGAGGAAACUCCGAAUAAAACGAUGCCUCUCCAAUCCCGCAAAGGGAGCACAGAAAAAUGGCGGCUUCAAACAGAAGUUAGAGCCCCUCAAGAAGGGACAAGCGCAUAAAAGCAACACAUUCGUGGGUGAAACGGCAGACGGUGCCAAGGUUAAACAUAAGAAGCCGAAAAAUAAGAUUAAAAAAACUGCAACAAAACCAAACAAGAAACCAAAGCAAAAGCCAAGCAAACAGCAAGUAAAGAAGAAAUGAACUGGACGGAGAAGUGACGACGGCAGAGUUUUAUACGUCUUAGAGACUUCUGGCCCAUUGCGGUUUCUUGACUGUGAAUAUCAAUAAAAUAUAACGGGUCAGGA